AUGACUCCAACGGAAAUGGUGCUGGGCAAUUUCGAGCGUUUGAAGAGCGUGAAGCGACGGAAGAUCAACGGAUUCGUACAACUCACGCGACGUUUGAAUACUAUUGAGAACCAACUGGAGCGGAUGCAGAACAAGAUGAACACCGACUUUGAGUUAUUGAUUCGGUUGAUGAAAGAGCACGGGAAAACAGCCUCGUCUUCUGAUGAAUCAGUCGAUUCGGUACGUCCGCGACGGGUAGUGUCGAUCAGUCCAGGUGAGAUUGUUCGGCUGCCGAACGGAGGUGAUGAGAUGCGCUAUUUGAAGGUGUCGCGAUUAUCGAGUCAUGAGCCUCCGUCGUUGCCGACCAGUAGAAGUUCUGACGAUGCGGAUACACUGUUGUGA